UUUUUUAAAUUUCAGGUGGGUAUAACCCAUAUAUAGAGAUAAUUGAACAACCCAGGCAGCGGGGAAUGCGUUUUCGAUACAAAUGUGAAGGGCGAUCAGCGGGCAGCAUUCCGGGGGAGCACAGCACAGACAACAACCGAACAUACCCGUCUAUCCAGAUUAAGAACUGUUAUGGAAAAGGAAAAGUGAGAAUUACAUUAGUAACAAAGAAUGACCCAUUUAAACCUCAUCCUCAUGAUUUAGUAGGAAAAGACUGCAGAGAUGGCUACUAUGAAGCAGAAUUUGGACAAGAACGCAGGCCUUUAUUUUUUCAAAAUUUGGGUAUUCGAUGUGUAAAGAAAAAAGAAGUAAAAGAAGCUAUUAUUUCAAGAAUAAGGGCAGGAAUCAAUCCUUUCAAUGUCCCUGAACCACAGCUGCUUGAUACUGAAGAUUGCGACCUCAAUGUGGUGAGAUUAUGUUUUCAAGUUUUCCUCUAUGAUGAACAUGGUAAUUUGACAACUACUCUACCUCCUGUUGUGUCUAACCCAAUUUAUGACAACCGUGCUCCUAAUACUGCAGAAUUAAGGAUUUGUCGUGUAAACAAGAACUGUGGAAGUGUCAGAGGAGGAGAUGAAAUAUUUCUGCUCUGUGACAAAGUUCAGAAAGAUGACAUAGAGGUUCGGUUUGCGUUGAAUGACUGGGAAGCUAAAGGCAUCUUUUCACAAGCUGAUGUGCACCGUCAGGUGGCCAUUGUUUUCAAGACUCCACCGUAUUGCAAAGUGAUCACGGAGCCCGUGACAGUGAAGAUGCAGUUGCGGAGACCUUCUGACCAGGAAGUUAGUGAGUCGAUGGAUUUCAGAUAUCUGCCAGAUGAAAAAGAUACUUAUGGCAAUAAAGCAAAGAAACAAAAAACAAGUCUACUUUUCCAGAAACUGUGGCAGGAUUGUGCAGUUAAUUUUCCUGAAAGAUCUAGACCUGGUCCCCUAGGAUCAACUGGAGAAGGAAGAUUCAUUAAAAAAGAAUCAAACUCGUUUCCUCAUGAAAUGCUCCGGCCUGCAGGGGUUUCGAGUCAAGCAGAAUCUUACUACUCCCCGUCUGUGUCCAUCUCAAGUGCCAUGCCGCAUCAUGCCUCAGCCAUGCCCCCAAUGGUACCUCAGCCUUCUUCACACUGGUCCUCAGAGCCCCACCCCCCCUCGUGCUCAGUCAGUACAAAUCCACUGAGUAGUUUUGCAACAGGGACAAUUUCCUCUAAUUCACAGGGUAUCCCAAGAUUCUCAGAAAUGCCUGUUGUGAAUGACUUGCAUGCUUCUAAUGCUUGUAUUUAUAACAGUACUAAUGACAUAGGCAGAAUGGAAACAUCAUCCCUGUCAUCAGCUGACUUCUGUGGUUUUUCUGGUGCCAACAUGCUGCAGAAUUGCCCUGUCAAUAUAUCCAGUAAUGACAGCAUGAGAGAGACUGACAAUUCGGGAUUUACGAGAAUGAAUAUGGGAAGCCCUUCAUGCAACUCGGUGUUAGACCAAAGGGAUUUGAGACAGUUCCAUCAGAUGUCCUCUUCCAGCAUGCCAGCAGGCGCCAGUUCCGGUACCACUGCUUUCGCGUCACAGUCGGAUGCAUUUGAGGGAUCCGACUUCAGUUGUGCAGAGAACAGCAUGCUAAACGAGUCAGGGCCUUUGAAUGGUACUAAUCCAAACGGUCAUGGUUUUGCUCAAAGUCAGUAUUCAGGUAUUGGCACUAUGCAGAAUGAGCAGUUGAGCGACCAGUAUACAUUUGAAUUUUUUCCGGGUAACUUGUAAGACUUAAACGAUGGUUCAAGCUUUAAAUCCUUUUAAAUGUUAGCAAUCAUUUUGGUAUUACCCACAUAGAAUCAACAUUUUCUAUUUCUCCCACCAUAUGUAGGAGAUUUCUUUGAUAGGCUCUCUUGGCUCUGGAGCUCCUCCAAGAAGUAGAAGAGAGGGAUGAACUCAUUUCCCAACUUCGGGAAGAGCUGCAAAAAGCCCCAAGACUUUGCUUCAAGAGUAAACAAAUCCACACCACUUGAACUCUAGGCUAUGAUGUCCCCUGGAAUCCUAUGUGCACCCCACAUAGUUUAUUUAAACUAGUAAAUAUUUCAGUCUAGGUUAGAUCAUUAUUUGACCAUUAGAAGUGUAUAAUGAAUCUGUGACAUGUUAAAUAUUCAAUAAAAUCAAUUUUUCAACUAAAAACAAAACAAAACCCACACCUUUGGGUAUGGAGAAUACAAAGUUGGAAAUUGCCAGAAAAGGAACAUUCCAAAGUAGACAUUUAAAAGGUUUUAGUGUUUCCCCUUUUGAAGCAUGUGGCCUGAUACUGUGUAUGGUGGGAGUUCUGGCUUUAGAGUCCCACCGCGUUUCCACAGAACAGAGCAAAGAGAACAUGAGGGCACAGCUCCAGUUUUUACAAACUUUUUAAUAUUUCUUUUGUUAUGUAUUAAUGUAUUCCUAGUUAAAUGAAUUAACCGAUAUUUGCUUUUAAGCAAAUUUAAGGUAAAACCUGUAAUGGCUAUGUCAUUGGAAAAAUUAAUUUCUUAUUAUUUUUUGAGGCCCAUGGGCCAAGGUGACCCCUAAGGGGUUUUUCUGAGGCUUUUUGGAGUUUCUUAGAUUUAUAUGUAAAUCAAAAUUUCUUUAAAAUGCUAAGUUGGACAGAAGGGUGCAUUUAAGUAAUGGGAGGUUCUCUACUUUUUGGAUUAUUUAAAUCCAUAUCUAAAUUGCUUGUGAUUUUAGGUUUACACCUAUGUUCUUAAGGGGAAGAAAUUUCUUUGGACCUCUUCUCUUAUGUGUCCUCAGUCACUGUGAGUUCAUCCAAUUUCAUGCUGUCAACUCUGAGAUUUUACCCCUAGUUUAGACCUGUCCUCUGAACAGCAGAUUUGGAGUUUACCCAUAUGUGUGUAAAACUGCUUAUUUAACAUCUAUACCUAGAAAUCUAAUUAAAGAUCAAACCCAACACAUUCUUGAUCUUCCCUCCCAAACGUGCUUCUCUUUUAGUCUUCCCCCAUCUCAGUAAAUGGCAAUGCCAUGCCUCUGGUUGCUCAGGUCCAGGUCUAUGGACUCAUCCUUGAUUCUUUUUUCCUUUUAUCUCCCAUAUCCAAAUCUGUCAGCAAAUCUGGUAGGGCCUACCUUCAGAAUACAUCCAAAGCUGGCCCCCUCUUUUGACCUCUACCAUUAACAUCCUGUUCCAAGCAACCAUCAUCUCUGGCCUGGAUUGAAGCUAUUUCCUCCAAAAACCCUCUUUAUUUCCUUGUGUCCCUACAGUCUGUUCUCCAUAAAGUAGCCAGAAUGAUUAUUUUUAAGCCACAUCAAAUCAUCUCAUUUAACUGCCCAAAACCAUGCGAUGGCUCCCCAUCUCAGAGUGGACACCAAGGUCCUUAAGGUGAGCAGGCCCUCGCUCCCUCUCCUACCUCAUCUACCACCAUUUCCCCUGCCAUUCAGCUCCAGGUGCUCUGGCCUCAGUGCUCCUCUUCGAGUACACUCCUGCCUUACGGUCUUUGUACUUGUUCUUUCUGCCUGGAAUGGUUUUCUCUCGGAUACAUGCAGGACCACCCUCCUUACACCCUUCUCACUCCACGUUACCUGCUCAAAAAAGCCUUCCUUGACACUAUAACACUGUAAGCCUUCCUUACCAGCACAUCACGUCCCUUCCUUUAUCUUUUCCCAUAACCUUAUCUAAGCAUUCAUUUGUUUACUGUUUGUUUUCUUGUACUGGAACAUAAGCUCCUUGAGGGAAGAAAUACUUGUUUUGUUCGUAGAAUACACAGUUUGUAGAACAGUGUCUGCCUCAGAUUAAGCGAUCAGUAAGCCCUAAGUACUACUGAUACAACUCUGUUUUUUGAAAUAAAGAAUAGCUUUAAUUAUUAGAUGCUCAUGGUUUUCAUAGUGCCGUUUAGUGUGACAUCGGGUUUCUAUCAGAAUCAUGUACAUUUAAGACAACAAUUAAUUAAUGGUAAUCCAAAUAGUUGGAAGGCAAAGUGUAAUUGUGAUGGGAUUGUCAUGAUGCUAAGUAACCAACUUAUUCAAGACCUAGUUUAUUUUAUAACUAGAGCCUACCAUAAAUGUUGAGCAUAUUCCUAGCUAGAAACAUGUCAUUUUGUUAGAGAAUAGUAAGAAGCUAGGAAAAUUCCAGGACAAGCAGAAUUUGGAAACUCAGAGUUAAACAGCACUUUGCAGCCACCUAGUAAAUCCUAUCUUCCCUCAGCCAAGGAUACUUAAGAGUAAAUGGUUUGCACAUCUCCUCCCCAACUGGAAGGUAAAUAGCUUAAAUCACCCUACUCAGGGAGACAUAACAGAAAUCCAGUUAGUGCCAUUUGCCAACCACACCCAAGGACAGGCAAUUUAAGAGAAUAAAUCUUCCCCCUCAGGAAGACAAGAACUGAGGUCUCGUCGUCUCAUGGUUAAUAAUUUCACUAACAUAGCAUCCAGCCAAACCAUAAAAUUACUGGAACAAUUAAAACUAGUCAAUUUGGUCAAAAUAGAGAAUGUGAGAAUGUCAUAUAAAUAAAAAUUCUGAGUUGAAUGAUACUGGGAAAUGGUAAUGGUAAUAUAAGGUCAAGAUAUUUAGGAAGAAAAAGAUUAAUGAUUAAAAAGAUUAAAGCUAAGUACCAUUAAUGUUUCUCAAAAAUGAUGAUUUCAAAAUGAAACAUUCUUGUUAUUAUAAUUUUAAAAAUCAUAAGCACAUAACAUACUUCUGUAGAACAUACCAAGAGAAAUAAAAACCUGAAGGCAUAAUUUCUUACCUAUUCAAAAUAUGAACCCAAGAUAUUUCCAGAUAGUGGUUGAUAGGUGGUACACUUUUUUAAACAUAUAGAAUCCUCUAGUUGUGUAUUAAUUAGCAUUGAUCAGCUUAAACAACUGUUAGAAAACCUAAAUGGAUUUUUUAAAUUAAAUAAGCAGUUGACUCGCAGUUUUUUCUGUGUAAGCCAAAGUAAGGUACUGCUACAUCUGUGUUGAGAUGGAUUUUUUAUUUUUCAUGUGCCAUUUACUGGUCAUAGGAUUUAUUUUAUGAUUUAAAAAGAAUUUUAUCUCUAAAUGUGUUCACACUUUCACUUGUUCUUGUAACCCCCCACUCUUAGCUUCUGAGGAAAAGGUGACCUUAUGCCUUUCUAACCUCUACUGAUACACUGGAUCCCCCCCCCCCCCCCUCCCCCCCCCCCCUUUUCUCUCCAAUCCCCCUCCUGUUUCUUUAUCCUCACAUCAGCAUUUAGUGCCUCUUUUUUUGUAUAAUAAACAUAAUAAAAGUCUUCUUUAGCUUAAAAGGAAAGGAACAAACCUCUUCUGUACCCUCAUGCUCCUUCCCUUCACAUCCAGACUCAUAACAUGCUUUCGGUCUCCAUGUCCUCAUUCCCGGUCAUUCCUUACCCUCUCCUCUCUCACUUUACCUCCUAUUUUCUUCUGCUAUUCUGUGGAAAGUGACCUGGGACACCCUCCCUUGUUAAAAACCUAGUAUCUUUGUAUCCAUCUACUUACCUUUGUAUGUUUGGACUGUCUGUAACCUUCCAUCCCCUGGAGCACUCCCUCCUUGGGUACUCCUCCAAAGAUUCUGUGGUAGAGAACAUUCUUCUCUGAGGUUGGUUUUUUUUCUCUGAGUCUCAACCCUGGGCCCUCAGUUGGUGCUAUUUUUCCCCCAGGGUGACCUUGUCAGUGCCCACUCCAGCUUUCUCUCAGGCUAUCUGAAUGCCUUUAGAACUGGUUCUUCCUUUGGCUACUCUAGUGGCAUUACCAUUUACCCUGCCAUCUAAGAUACUUAAACGAAACCUCGAAACCUCACAUUCGUCCUUAGUCAUCAAGUCCUUUUGAAUCUGCCUCCCCCAAAUCUCUUGCAUUUGUCCCUCAAUUGCCGCUGAGUUCUUAGUGUAGGCCUUCUUUUUCCCCAACAAGAAUAUCUUUUCCAUAUGCUCCAGUUAAAAAUAACACCCCAGCUCUAGCCGGUUUGGCCCAAUGGAUAGAGCCUUCAGUCCGAGGAUUCGAUUACAGUCAAGGGCACGUACCUCGCUUGCAGGCUCGAUCCCCACCCUGGUUGGGGUGCUUGCAGGA